CUCACAUAGAAGCUUCUUUCUCCUUCACUAUAAAAUCUAACUCUGAUCAUCACUAAAACUCAUACCAUCACGUGUUCUAAGAUUUGCAACAAUGGCGUCGAUGAUCAGUUCCUCUGAUCACCGUCUUUCGACAAGCAAGAGACGUUUGAAGCCAUUGCUGUUAAGAGAUUACUUACUCGAUGAUCUCAGUUCUUGUUCAUCCAACGGUUUCAAAUCAUUCCCACGCCGUCAAACUCCUUCUGCAUCUUCCACCGUUCGUCGUCUUCUUGACGCCGAGAUCAAACGGUCAGGAUUUAUCCAUCAUCAUCAUCACACCAAGCAACCACGUCUCACUAGAAGAUCAAGCCAUACAACUUGUGGAACGGCGAUAAGUCACGCCGUUCAUAAAGCUUCAACGGCGUUUCUUAAACUUUUGCCGUUCCCUUCUUCCACCGUUAAAAAACAAGGCGUUUUCUCUAGAAGCUUCUCUAAACGGCUUUUAAGCAUAAGCUUCUGGAGAAAACCCGUUGUAGGUCAAUCUCGCCGUGAAGUAACCGGAGAUGGAGACGGAGAGAUCCAAUGGUGGAGAUCCGUCGCGUACGAAGAGAGUUUAGAUCAACAAUCCGAUCUGUUUUCUCAAAUCUCCACCACCGACGACAAAAUAACAUUUUCAACCUCAGCCGCUGCGAUCACUGUCGUGGAGGAGUUUAUCUCCGGUGACUCAUCGAGUUACGGUAGCGAGUUUUUCACAAACUCAUCAUCGGAGGUUGUACAGUCUUCUUCCUCAUCGUUCUCUUCUUCGUCGAGUGGUGAAUCGGAGGAAGUCUCCAGCGAGAUCGACGCCGUGGAAGACGGGAAGGAGAGCGGAGAUAGUUUAAAGGCACACGACGGUGACGGAUCAUCUGUCAACCGCAACAACAGCCUGUGUAACAGAAAGGAAUGUGUGAAUGAAGAGAAAGAACAACUCAGUCCAGUAUCGAUCUUAGAAUGCCCUUUUAAAGAUGAUGACGAAGACGAUGAAAUCACUGACCAAAAUGAUACAUAUGAGAAAAUUGCUAGAAAAAGCAGGAGAUUAAAUGGUUUGGUACGGCUUGAGCCACUAGACUUGGAUAAACGCAUAGAGAGGUAUGUAGAGAGACAAGAAGAGUACUCAUAUCACACUCUGGAGACGGAAGAGGACGAAUCAGAAAAUCAAGCAAACCGCUUGUUUGCUCUUGUGAAGUUGAGAAUCGGCGAAACAAAUGACCUACUAGCUUCUAAAGUAGCGGAUAAUCUAUUGUUAGACUAUCUUCAAGAAGAUAACAUUGGGCCAAAAGAGGAGACAUUAAUGGUGAAGAAAGCAGAAGAUUGGGUUAUGGGUAGACAAGAUGAGAUGUUUAUGAGUUGGGAAGUGAAAACGAAGAGAGAGGUUUAUGUGAAGGAAAUGAAGUGGGGUUGCAUUAAUGGAGAUGAGAGAGAGAAUGUGGUUGAAGAGUUGGCUAAUGGUUUCUUCACUUCCUUUGUGGAUGAAUUCAUCUACGACUUAGUGUUGUGAUAAAGUUAGUGUUUUGGGAGGAAAGUUAAGAUUUUGAUUAGAUUCAUAAUGUAUUAGAUAUAUGCUAUCUCAAUAAAACUAUAUGUAGUUUUGCAUAAGGGGAAUGAUUCGUAUAAAAACUUAUGUAGGUCAUAUGUUCGUUUUCCAUUUUUAAAAUCUAGAAUGAGAGUUAAGAGUCCAUAGUCAUUUAUGUGUUGUUU